AACCUUGAUGUGCUAGUCUUGGGUUGUCGUCCGUCCAAAUUGAUUAGUCCCCCCUCCCCGCCUCUUCAAGAAGUGCAGUUUCUUGGCCAUAUGCACGCCCGUCCCACGUGAAGUCGUCUGGCCUUGUUCACAAACACGCAUAAACCAUUGUUCUGUCCUCUAGCUCCCUCCAGCCGACCCCAAGAACAAUACUGCCGACACCGCCCUCUACAGAGUAUCGACCGACCCGAAAGAACAUCCCCAAUGCAGCUGCCGUUGAUUGCCACCUCGUUUUCGACAUAGGCCACCGCUCGGCACGUCCUAACGUCUCGUUCAAAGAGUCUGCCCCCCUAUCCCCCGGAGCUGACCAUGUCGUUUGCCGUUGCUGUCCAGUCUGCCAUCUUCUACUUCGUCUCCUGUGCACCAUGUCUCCAGGCAAGACACCACCAGCAAUCCAAGGCGUUAGCCAAGAAGGAGCGUGAGGAGAAGGCACGCAUAUUGGCCAAGAAUCCCGGAUCGUACCAGCACCCGGACCCCUUCAACACCAACCCGUACUGGUCCGAGGAAAUCAUGAUGGGUCCCCACAUAGAGUCUAAAAAGUACCAAAGCGGGAGUAAGAAUAUCAGUCAGAAACGCUUGAAUAGCUCCGGAAAAGAGAACUCGAGCAUAGCCGCAAGCAGCAGUACGAGGGUCAACAGCACGAGCCCGGGCAGCAGCCAUACCGUCGUCGUAGACGAUGCCAAGCUCAGCUUCUCCACCACCCUGUCCGACGACUGGAACCGGAAGCGGUAUCAGAGGGAGGACGAAGAAUUAUGGGGCCACGAUCAGCGAUCUUGGACAGGGCACAAGCUGAUGGACGCUAUUAAGCAUGCGGGCUCAUCAGCCGGCCGACUUCUCGAAGUGGGUCUAGGAAAGGAACCCAAGACCAUCACCGACGAAGACAGACACAACUUCUACUUCGCCCCAAGGAACCCCCCGGUUAACGAUUAUCACCCCCCGAUCGUGCGCCAGCGGCCCGCCCACCAAAAUGCCCACAUGUGGAUGUUGCAGCCCCCCCCGCCGGCCAAAAUCAUGGAGGGAAAGGUGCCCGUCAGUAGGACCGGGAGCACGGCAAGCUACGUCAGUCGUAAGACCACCACGGGCGAUGGGGCCAACUCCAGGCUAAGCCGUCUGGUUCACGAGAGGGCCAUGGAAGCCAAGCUUAGGAGCGGCGAGCUUCCUUUCGACUUCGAGUCGACGUCGACCCUCCACAAAACCAUCCCCAAGAAUACUACCUCGAACCGGAGGCGGCGGAGCAUGUCCCUGGAAUCCUCAGAUAUCUCAGACGAGACCCCGAGGCGGAAAAGUCACCGACGGAGGCGAUCCAUCAUCCCCGACACCGACUCAUCGUCAGAGGAGGACUGCUACUACCUGCGGAGCUCGGAUUCGUUCGGACGUGGCAGGAGAGUUGCUCGACGGCCGACACUGCAGUCGAUAUCGAGUUCCCAAGAAAGCGAGAGAGAUUCGCAAAAUGUGCUGGCCAGGACGGGAGAUGCGACGCUCACCCGAUCCGCCAGCCUUGCCCUCGCCAACAUCUCGAGCAGCACCAACUCGUCGCCGUUGAAACAGGCCUCGGGAGUCGUCGCCGCAAACGACGAGAACCCGCAACAGAAAGGCGAAGUCAGAACCCCCUCCUUCACCGCACUAGGUCCGGUGGCAGAACUCUCCUCGUAGAAUCGGUGGGACAGGCCUACAGCCAGAUCGGGCAGAAACAUUCGAGGACGACCAGCCCCGGACAGCAGAGAACUAGGGAGUCGGAAGUUUGCCAAAUGGGCAACACCGUGUGGCCAGAUGACCAAAAGAAGGAGAAAAGGCAGGCAGACAAGCCAGGCAAAUUGCUUUCACCCUCCCCCAAGAUAGAUGGUAACCUUUUUCUUUUGUUCGGCUACUGGGGGGGAAGGAUAGGGCGGCAUUUUAGCAUGCAAGGCGUACCGGCUCGGCAUGCUUUCGAGGGCAGUAGCCUCUUUUUGGGGUGUAUAUGUACAAAAAUGGCGUUCGGUAGGAGGGCAACCUCAGCCUCAGACGAGCUGAGGGUUAUGGUCAGUAUCCUCGGCGGAGAGGAUAGGGUUCAAUCGGGAGCCUGUCAAGAAG